AUGAGUCUUCUCCCCUACGUUCUGGACCCAUUCGCCGUCCGCCGCCCAUACCACCAUAGCCAGGACCCGUUGAACGAGAUCGACCGCCUCUUCGGCACCGUUCUGGACUCGAUUCAGCCCGCCUUCAACGAAGCCGGCCGCCUCAUCCCAGCCAACGUCGCCGGCUCCUCGUUGAGCUACAGCAAGGAUGGUGACCUCACGUUCGCCUGCGAAACCGACGGAUUCAAGCCCGACGAGCUGAAGGUGGACAUUCAAGGUCAAACUCUGUUGGUACAGGGACGUCACGAGGAAGAGAAGGACGGUGAGAAGAUUGAACGCCACUUCCAACGUGCCAUUCGUCUGCCAAAGCAUGUGGACCUGGAGCAGAUCAAAAGCGAGCUGGAUGAACAGGGCAGACUGACUGUUUUUGUGCCAAAAGUCGUUCAGGAAGAGCCCAAGACCACCAGUAUUCCGAUUCAGAUGAAGAAGCAGAUCGAGGAGCAGAAGUAGAACAAGUUCAGGUUGAAGUAUCGUAAGUUUUUUCCUGGUUUAUAUAGCGUUUUAGGGCAGAAAACUUGGUUUUUCUAGACUUUUAGGUAAUAUUUUGAUAGUUUUUGGCGUUUUAUAAUAGUUUAGGUAACAAAAUUUAGUUUUUCAAAACUUUAGGUAAAAAGUCUUUCAAAUUUUGUUAUUUUAACCUCAUUUCAAUUUCAGAAUUCACCCGAACAGUGCACUACCAUUAUCCCUGUCUCCAGUACCAACUUUACCCGUACCUGUCCAUAGUGCUCUCUACUAA